GGGUCAGAGUUGGGUGCAGCUCCACCAGAGAAGGAAGCGGAGUUUCCGGCUGUUUGCAGCGCAGAGAGAGGAUUGCUGACGCCGCGAAACCCCGAGAAAAACGCCGCCGGCUCGGGGGGCUAACAGGUCUAACAUCGGUUGUGGUUGGUUUCUGUUACGCCGGGGGACCUGGGGGUUUGUGAGUUUUACGAGCCAAUAGGUGUCGGAAACCAGACCGAGCAAACAAGCGGCACAAGGCGGGGGUGAGCCACCAGCUACCGGCAUGGCCAGGGACUACGAUUACCUCUUCAAGCUGCUCAUCAUUGGUGACAGCGGAGUGGGGAAGAGCAGUCUCCUCCUGCGAUUUGCAGACAACACAUUUUCAGGUAGCUAUAUCACCACAAUUGGGGUGGAUUUUAAGAUCCGGACAGUGGAGAUCAACGGGGAGAAGGUGAAGCUACAGAUCUGGGAUACAGCAGGACAGGAGCGUUUCCGCACCAUCACCUCCACAUACUACAGGGGCACGCACGGGGUCAUAGUGGUAUACGACGUCACGAGUGCAGAGUCGUUCGUCAACGUCAAACGAUGGCUACAUGAAAUCAACCAGAACUGUGAUGAUGUGUGCCGAAUAUUAGUGGGAAACAAAAACGACGACCCCAACUCCAAGGUGGUCGAGACGACUGACGCGCAAAAGUUUGCAGAGCAGAUGGGCAUCAACCUGUUCGAAACGAGUGCAAAAGAGAACAUCAACGUUGAAGAGAUGUUCAACUGCAUCACAGAGCUAGUGCUAAGAGCCAAGAAGGAGGUGCUCGCCAAGCAGCAGCAGCAGCAACAGAACGACGUGGUCAAACUCACCCGGAACAGUAAACGAAAGAAAAAGUGCUGCUAGCAAACUUCAAUCCGCCAUCUGCAAAAAGGGGCCGAUGACGGCAUCUUUUCUUCAGAGAACACACACGCAUACACACACGACGGGACUCAGAGCAUCUAAAUUAAAGAGCAGAUAAAGGUUUAAUAAAUAUACGAAGAAAGAUUAAAAAAAUAAAUGGAAAAAAAAUGUCCCCUUUGGACAAAUUAAUCAUGAAGACUUUAAAAAAAUUGUACAGAUUUUAUUAGACGUCAGAUCAAGUUUUAUUUGGAAUUCAGCAGAUGGGCACUAUUGACCAGAGGUCCUUGUUUCUGAAAGGAUCUGCAAGCUGACAACUGACCGCCAUAAAGCUCCGAUUUAUAUUCACACAAUCCCCAUCAGUAUCUCAUCUCUCCUUCUCAUUCCACUGCACACGGGACAUUCAGAGUCGAGUGAAACUCUGCGCCUGAAGAGAAGGAGCGCUCCAUUUUCUGGAUCUAUUUUUCUGUGUUAUGUUUUGUUUUUGUUUUUUUUGGGAGGAGAAGGGGGGGACGAGAUGUGUGUUUGGAUGGGAGGUGGUUGUUUUACAGGCGUCUGAGUAAGAGUGAAGGUUUCACCACCUCUUCUACGGUUUUCCUUUUAACGUUUCAGACACCUGUGUCACCACGGCUCACGCCAACACAUCAUGAACUGCUAGUUUUAUUUGAUGGGAAAGAAAAGAAAAUCACACGGAUGUUGAUGAUUUGGUAGAUGGCCUUUAGCAAACUAAUCCAAUGGACAGAACUGGUGACUUCUUCUCAAGUUUUAGGGUUUUUUUUUUUUUUUCGUCUGUAUUUUGCCAAGCUUCCCACCCUCUUCCCUUUAAUCUCCUCUAGUGCUGAGCCAACAACCUGAUUGAUUUGACUUCUUCUUUCUUUGUCUUUUUUUUUUUUUUUUUUUUUUUUAAGUGCAACAGAGCAGUGGAUCCCCUCCUGGAGCUCUGGGACGUCAGGCUCUUGUUCACUGCAGUCUUACUAUGCUUUCAGAGUUUGCUUUUUAAACCUUUUCCUCCCGUUUUUUUUUUUUUUUUUUUAAACAAUGAUACUGCCAAUAUUAUAGAGAAAAUAAAAUAUUUGGUGCUGAGUGGCGCCUCUCAUUGGACUGUUGCCAUAGUGACCCCUGGUUGGCGGGGUCUGAUGGGACUCAGUUGAGUCCUCAGGAAGCGCUCAGGGCUGCCCCCCCCCUCCCCUCCCUUUUUGUGUAUUCCUGCAGCCCCUGGCCUCUUCCCUCCCAGAGCACUCACAUAUCAGCACCUCUCACAGCGACACCUCAAGGGGCGCCUCCGACCCCACCCUACCCCAACCAUCGACGCAAGGAUCCACACGUCACCUGGAAACUGGCUUCUUUUAGUCAUCAUGGUGACCCCUUGUCCAUAACAGUGUUUUUUUUGUCUCAUGUUUUGUCUGUGCAUGUAACACUUUGUUUGAAGGGGUAUGAACAACACAACCUGCAUUUAUGGAUUUGUUUUCACCGCUUGCAGAAUAUUCUUAACAGACGACUAAUACUAAAGUCCCGGUUUUUUUUGGUUUCCUACUCCAUUACCUGUUCAGAUGACGUGUUACUGGACAGUGUUGUUGCAUCCACGGUGGAACUGCUCUGUUCACCAUAGAACAAACGGGGACGAGCUGCUGUGUCGGCGCUGUCCGUGUCGGGGCCUGAGGCUCCUCGCCCGCCGCCAGGGUUUGUCUCAGAGGCAGAAGCGUGGUGCAGUGUCCAUCACUGACAUUUCUUUAUUUCUUUUGAUUUGGGAGAGCAGUUAAUGAAGGUAUUGGCUUCAUUAAAUUUUCUCCCUCUGGACACACUCUGGCCGCCGGUUUGGGAUCCUGAGACACAGAGAGGUGGCUGUGCUGGCUGAGAAAAGGUAUCAAAUCUCACACUUUAUGAUUUCUACUCAUUAUGUGUAUGUAUAUAUAAAUAUAUUUGUGUGUUUAUAUUCAGUAUAGAACAUACACACAUAAAAAGCACACCAAACUGUGCAUGUGCUAAACAUGCCUCGUGUGCUUUGGUUGAAACACACUCGUCAGCUGUGGUUUGCUGUACACUGGAGAAAAAGAGAUGUACUAUUCAUUUUUCCCUACAUGAAUUUAAUCAGUAAUAAACAUUUUAAAGGAAUAAAUAUUUGACACAUAAUGACUGAUCUCAUCCGUCAGUGAUUUGAGGCUUGGUCUUAACUUCAUUUGGAACCUGUGUCUUUUUGUUUUUGCUUUCUGUGAAUAAAAACUAUAUGGGAGGAA